AUGAAGUGGUGGUGCCAAGUGCUACUUAGCUUUAUCAGCUUCCUGAUAAUUCUAACCGAAGUAGUAAACUCCACAAUACAUCCGCGUGUUCUAAUCAUUGGUGCCGGUGCGGCCGGAAUCGCCACAGCGAGUCAUCUUUAUCAAAACGGAAUAUCUAAUAUAACCCUACUAGAAGGCUCACAGCGCAUAGGAGGCCGAAUUCGCACAGUGUCCUUUGGAAAUGGUGUGGUUGAACUCGGAGCUCAGUGGUGCCAUGGCGAACAAGAUAAUAUUGCGUAUCAAAUGGCCUCCGUGUAUCCUGGACUUUUAGAAACAUCAAUCGUAGCGACUAAUGGAGUGUUGAUGCGUUCAAACGGAACGCAAGUACCCGAAGAACUUGUUGAACGGCUAAUGGCAUUGGCGGAAGGCAUCGUAGAGUCCAAUGAGCGAAACAAUUUUGCUGGUAGUUUGGGAGAUUUCUUCUCUCAACAAUAUUGGAAUAAACUUCAAACUGAUUCCGCCUUUGAAGACGUGAGUAGGGAUUUGGCGGAGCAGUUUCUCGUAUACUACCACAACUACGAGCGAGGUUAUAAUGCCUAUGAUUCCUGGUAUGAAGUCGCGGCUAAUGAAUCUGAUAGCUACGUUGUAUCUGAAGGAAAUCAGGUUCUUGCAUGGACGGGGGAGAAAGGAUUCUCUACUAUUCUUGACAUCGUCUCGGGUAAUUACCCGGGCAUCGUCGACACAACACUUACGCCAGUUCCACUUGAUACACUGAUUAGGUACGGUAGAUUUGUAACCAACAUCCAAUGGAAUGCAACACCGAAUACAACGGUCCUCGUCACCACCGACGAUGGCUCUCAUUACGAGGCUGAUCAUGUCAUAGUGACCGUUUCGUUAGGUGUCCUCAAGGAGAACCACCAAACAAUGUUUACUCCAUCGCUACCGACAGUUAAUCUCGAUGCGAUAAGAGGACUCUACUUUGGAACCGUCAACAAAAUCGUCAUUCUAUUCGAUGCGCCCAUCCCGAGUGACUUCCCGAACACCUUACAGCUGCUCUGGUUCGAGUCGGAUCUUCAAACUCUUCGAAAAUCCGAGCAUGCCUGGACCGAAGCUAUUUCCACCUUUUUCCGCAUUGACAACCAGCCAAAUGUUGUAGCUGCUUGGAUGAAUGGGAUCGAAGGGCGGCAGGCGGAACUGUUGCCGGAUGAAACCAUAAUAGAAGGCGUACAGCACAUUCUGAACAUUUUCGCGAAUAACAUUACCUUUGGAAAAGUGCAGUCAAUAAAAAGAUCCAACUGGUCAUCGGAUCGUCACUUCCGGGGAUCUUACUCGAGUAGAUCGAUAACUACUGAACGGCUAAAAACCGGUGCCAAAUAUCUUGCCACACCUUUGCUGAAUGACGACGGAAAUCCAGUGGUUCAGUUUGCUGGGGAAGCCACACAUCGACAAAGGUUCUCCACUGUGCACGGUGCGAUUGAGAGUGGACGACGGGAAGCAAACCGUUUGCUAGAAUUGUACUCCUAA